ACUCCGCUCGAAAGUUCUACGAAAGCACGUUGAAGUAAGAUGUCUUCUCAACUAUGGUCUUCGCUUUGGUCUAAUGCAUUUUUAUUCUAGGGGGGAUAUAGAGGCAAAGAAAGGACAACAAAAAUGAUAAAAAGUUUGAACUAGAUUCGAUGAAACUAUAAGGUAUUUUAUUAAUAUGAAUUUGUCCACUUGGACUUUACACUUCCAACUGAUGAAUUGCUGAUGUCUGGCACCUUCAAAGUAGGUCCCAGGCCAGGCAAAUCAUCAUUUUUAGAAAAUGAAUCUGUCCAAAAACUUUUGACUCAACUCGUCUCACCUGCAUCACCCAGUACAGUGGUCUCACCCAGUCUCUCUCGAUCUUUAUCUGUCAAGAUAAAUAGCGGUAAAUCUGGUCAGAAAAAUGCCUCUAAAAAUUGCAGUUGUGUGCUCGAGUAAUCAAAACAGGAGUAUGGAAGCCCAUGCCAUAUUGAGCAAGAAAGGCUUCAAUGUGAAGUCGUAUGGAACCGGUGCCACGGUGAAGCUGCCUGGUCCGGCUGCAGACAAGCCCAACAUAUAUGACUUCAAGACGACAUACGAGGAGAUGUAUCAGGAUCUGAAACGCAAGGACCGUGAUUUAUAUACACAGAAUGGUAUUCUACAUAUGUUAGAUAGGAACAGAAGGAUAAAGCCAAAGCCAGAGAGAUUUCAGAGCACCAAAGAGAAGUUUGAUGUCGUUCUCACUGCAGAAGAAAGAGUUUAUGAUCAAGUGUUGGAAGAUUUUGAAUGCAAGGAGGAAGACACCCAGAUGCCAGUUCACAUCAUCAACAUUGACAUUCAAGAUAACCACGAGGAGGCCACUAUAGGAGCAUUUAGAAUGAGCAACUUGUGCAUAAAGCUUCAGGGGCUACGAGAUCUUGACAAGGAAAUAGAUGAACUAAUCCAGACAUUUGAAGAUGAACUCAACAUCAGUGUUUUACAUACGCUGUGUUUCUACUGACACUGGUUUAAUUCAGUCUUCAGUCAGGUGCCACAAAGAACUGAAUAACUUACUGGAAUAGACUGCCCAAUUAGGAACUGCUGAUAAGACCUUGUUUUUUCAGUCUUCAGAGGGCAUUCCUCAAAGAAGUAAUUACGGGAAAGGACUGCCCUCAGGAGCAUGGUGAUGAAUCUUGGGAUUUCUUCAUUCUUCAGUCAGCCGACACUUGGACUAAAUCCCUUGCAGGAAUGAACUACCAUCAAGAACUGAUGAGAAUACUUGGUUUUCUUCAGCCUUGAGUCAGGGGCCAUUUUUCAAAGCAGUAACUUCGUUAUGUAGGCAUGUCUUGGUCUUGUGGUUCUGAAACUCGCCUUUCAAACAGGGUCUUGGGUUCGAAUCCUAGCCAUGUUGUGUUUUCCGUCAGCAAAAAAUGUAACCGCACUGUGCUGCACUCGACCCAGGUGAUGUAAAUGGGUACCCGGCAGGAUUAUUUCCUUGAAUGCACUGAGAGCCGAUGAUGGGAGCUUGAGCUAAGACCGAAGAAAUAAUAGCAAGCGCUUUGUAUACUCAGGCAAAAAGUGCUAUAUAAAUCCAGCUAUUAUUAUUAUUGUUACGGUAAUGGAGUGCCCAGUCGUUAGCUAUUGAUAAUACCUUGUUUACUUCAGUCAGCGGCCACUCAAAAACUGAAUCCCGUGGAGGAUUGGUCUGUCCUCUAGAACCCAGCAAUAUUGCCAUGGUUUUCUUCAGCCUUUCGUCAAAGGCCAUGCCGCAAAGAACUAGAUCCCUUACAGGAAUGGACUGUCUAGUCAGGAAAUGGUGAGAAAACCUUGGUUUUCUACAGUCGUAGGACACUUUUAACCCGUUGGCAACUGUAUUCUUAAUUUUCAAAUAGACUUUGUACAGGAAUCAGUCGGUUCCAGUAGGCAAUGGGUUAAAAGAACUAAUCCCUUUCAGGAAUGACUUCCCUCAGGAACUGGUGAUAACACCUUGGUUUUCUUAAUUCUUCAGUCAGAAGCCAUGCCCCCCAAAAUUAGAUCCCGUACAGGAAUGGACUUCCCUGUGGAGAUGGCGAUAAAGCAUUGGUUUUCUUCCGUCAGAGGCCACUCAUGAAGUGUCAGAAGAUGCCUUUUUUUUAGAUAUUGGAACGAGAAUGUUGGAUAUCUAUAACCUCAGUCUUGGUCUUAAAUGAUCUCACUCCAUUCAUUAGAUAUUGUACUAUCAUGGUAUCAAAAAUUAAGUUCAAUCCCACACUUACUAAACCUUCCAAAAUAGCCUUAAACAUUCUGAAAGCUUUGUGGGACUGUUUAUGGUAACAAUGAUAGUGUAAUCUUUUGUGAUAAUUAUUUGACAUGGGAAGGCCAAGUUAGUACUUGUUCUGUAUGAAUUAUGAUUCCUUGAUCAAGAAUACUCUAUUUGAAACAAAAUAUUUCUUUGUACUUCACAAGCAAAUAGCAUAUUGUUAAUAAGCCAUAACUGAUGUUCUCUUUGAAAAUCAUGAAAAAAAGUAAUUUUUUGGCAGUCGGACUGUUCAGAAUGACAACAAUUCAUUCUCUUAUCUGCAGCAACCCCUUGUUUAAUGAAUAAUGGGCUUCAUGAAUAAUCAUUGUUUUCUUACACAGCCGUAUACAUAGAAACCUUACCUUACCACUGUUCCUUCUCUUUAAAGAGGUUGGAUGUCAUGGUUUUCCAUCUGUUUCUGUCCAGUGCUAUCUUGCAGCAUUUGUUUCAUAUCCCAGAAAAGGACCAUAAAUUUUAUGGUCCUUUUCAGGGAUAUUUUUCUCAUGUACAUGCUGCUUUUCAUGAAUUUGAUUGUAAUUUUAUGAAUUAUUAACCAAUCAAUAUACAAGUGAGGCAUAUGAUAUUCAUGGCUAUCACUGGAGUGCAGACUUUGAUGAAUCUACUCUUAAAAUUCUGUACCUAAAUUUUUCUUCUUUUGUAUUUACACAUUAUAGGCCAAGGUAUAUGAAUAUACUUCUGUAUUUUGCUCUUUGUAAUAAAUCAUGCCAAAACAAAUA